UAACUGCCAGCACAGUAAAUACUUCUAUGACAUGCCCUGUGUGGGACAUAAUCAGAGAGGUACGCUCAAAGUGUCCAGGUAAGUAAGGGUUAAAGUAGCCUCCUCAAACACAAAAAAACACCCUCCACCCAUGUGAUUUAUUUGGUUUUUCUUCAGUUGUGAAACAUUUGUUACGACAUGUAGAUUAACUGGAAGGCACCAAUGACACAAAUCUCCCAGGGGCAGCUCUAUGUCUUCCUCUUAAUAAAAGGAAAUGUUUAAUUUCAUUCUGUGUUUCUGCUUUCAGUAAUGGCGGCUGCUGAUCUGAGGGAUGAACUGACCUGCUCUGUCUGCCAGGACAUUUACACUGAUCCUGUAUCCCUGCCCUGUGGCCAUAACUUCUGCCAGGGCUGCAUUAGGAGAACAUGGGAAUGGCAGGAGAGUAUAGAGGAAGAUCCUUCCUGCCCUGAAUGCAGACAGAAAUACAGGAAAAAACCUGAACUACAGAGGAACAGAAGUCUGUGUAACAUAGCAGAGCGAUUCCUUUCUACUCACCCAGAACAUAAUGGGACUGGGAUCUUCUGCACUUACUGUGUCCAUUCCCAUGUACCUGCUGCUAAAUCCUGUCUCCUGUGUGAGGCUUCUCUGUGUAAUACCCACGUGAGAGUGCACAGCAAGUCAGCAGAACACGUCUUAAUUGAGCCCACCACUUCCAUGGGGAACAGAAAAUGCUCUGCACACAAAGAGCUCCUAAAGUAUUACUGUUGUGAGGAUGGUGCCUGUAUCUGUGCCUCCUGUUGCCUGGCCGGAGAGCACAGGAGCCACAGGGUGGAGCUGCUGAAUGAGGCCUCUGAAAAGAAGAAGGAGAAACUGAGGAAUGUUCUGGAGAAACUGAGCCCAGAGACAGAUGAGACUGAGAGAGGAGCCCAGAGACUGCAGGAACACAGGAGAGAAGUGGAAAAAAAAGCAGCCAGUGAGACCGAGAGAGUCACUGUCCUGUUUAGGGACAUUAGGGAACACCUGGAAACCCUAGAGAAGCGACUCCUGAUAAACAUCACCAGGCAGAAAGAGGAGCUUUCCCUCCAACUCACCAAUCUGAUCCUUGAGCUGGACAUAAAGAAGGACGAGUUGUUCAGGAAGAUCCAUCAAAUUGAGGAGCUGUGCAACAUGGCAGAUCCACUCACUGUCCUACAGGAAUCAGAUGGAGCUGUAUUUUGUGUGGCUGAGGGGGCAGAUAAGGAGGGCAGAGAGAGUGAUGAUAUAAAGGUUCCUGCUGUAGGGGAUCUGGAGGUGGAUCUGAUCUCAGAGACAUUACUCACAGGCUUAGCUGGGAUUGUGACUGGGGUAAAGGAAAGCAUCUCUAGGCACAGUGUUUCUGGUAUAUUAAAUGUUGAAAUCCUGCAUAGUGAUGAUAAAAACACAUCUAUAGAGGGUAAAGAUUCCAAGUACCCCAUCUCUUGUAAUCAAGCUCCAGACCAUACUCCUUCCCUUCUGUGUGGACAGAAGACUACAGACCUGGAACUGGAUAUAAAUACAGCUGCUAACAAUAUAUCUGUAUCCGAGGACAGGAAAUCUGCCUUUUACUCACUCCAAGACCAAUGUCGCCCACAGGCCCCAGAAAGAUUUAAAUAUUAUCAAGUCUUAAGCGAAAAAAGUUUUCAUUUGGGGCAGCAUUACUGGGAAGUGGAGGGCAGUAAAACAGGAGACUGGAGAGUCGGGGUUGCCUAUGCCAGUAUAGAGAGGGAUGGGGUACAGUUUCACCUUGGGGAUAAUAGUAAAUCCUGGUGUUUAUGCAAAGAGAAUAAUAAUUACACAGUGAGACAUGACAAGAAAGAAACCAGUUUACCCCAUGUUUUCUGCAGGAAAAUCGGAAUCUCACUGGACUAUGAGGCCGGGUGUCUGUCCUUUUAUGAGCUGAGUGAGCCUAUCAGACACUUACACACCUUCACUGCCAAAUUCACUGAGCCCCUUCAUGCUGCAUUCUGGGUGGGACGCUGGGGUGAAACCUGGGUGACAAUCGUUAAUUCUUUAUUGAAUAACAAAGGUUUAACUACAUAAAUCGUGAGCUUACAAAUUUUGGCCAAAGCGUGGUACUAACCAUGUGGUUCCAUAAUUUUUUGUAAUCAUUAUUUUAAAGGCAAACUGUGAGCUGUUUCUGUGUACAAAUAAUGACUUUUUAAUAUUUCUAGCAGGUCAAUGUUAGACCGAGUGCUGACUCAAUGAUGUUUCUAGCAGCUGAUCAAUACCAUAGUGUGGGUUAGACCGAGCGUUGGCAAUUUGUUUUCUGCGUUAAUAAAUAAAUUUAAAUAUGUUGAACCUUGUUGCACAGAAUUCUUUUUAUCGAAAGCCCAAGACUGUGCUUUCUAUUACCCAAGUGCACAGUGCAACAAGUACAAAGUGCAGGUGCAUCCAUGAGUCCAACCAUAAAGCAUGGACAUCAAAAUACUCCGGAGCCCCAGGCCAAAAGGCUGUGAAAGCAUCCAGUCUUUGGGAUCACCUGUGCCAAAUCUAGGGUAAGCCCCUUAGUCUCCGAACCUCCUGGCACAAAAGGCAUAGGCAGAGGGCAAGGGUCUUCCGGCUCUCCUUCGCCUCACGGCUUGGGAGAGUACCUUUAAUCCUGGGUUCUGCCGAAGCUUCCCCCAGGGCACCAAGAAACCUGGGGCAGAGCCCAACCUUGUUGAACAGAAUUAUUGCAAUUGGUCCUUACUUUAGGACUUUAGGACUGCCUGCAAUCCAACCUGCUUUGCUGCUCAUGCACCUUUCUGUGUUGUUUGCAAGUCCUUCAUACAAUUGAUUAUUAAAGGAACAGUAACACCAAAAAAUGUAAGUCUUUUAAAGUAACAAAACUAUAAUGUACUGUUGCCCUGAA